UACAGUUCAUAACAGGGGAUCCCAUUGUUUAGCUUCUUUGUUUGUCAAACCGCAUCACCUUUACUCCCUCUUUCUCUCUCUGAACACUCUCUCUCUCUCUCUAAACUAUCUUUCUCUCUCUAAAGCUGUUCGAUCAAGAUGAACAACCUGCUAACGGAUUCAUUUGUCAGUGAAGCCAAAAAUCAUCCUUCGAGAGAAUCGGAUAUUGAGAUGGGUACACGGCUUCCAAGGAGUAACUCGGACUUGGGAAUGGAAUCUUUCAAUAAGCAGAUUCAAGAGGUUGAUAAACAAGUGGAUAAGGUUUCUGGUUUGCUUAAGAAACUUAAGGAUGCUAAUGAGGAGUCGAAGUCUGUUACAAAAGCAGCUGCUAUGAAAGCAAUCAAGAAGCGGAUGGAGAAAGAUGUUGAUGAAGUUGGAAAGAUUGCAAGGAAUGUCAAAGGAAAACUAGAAGCAAUAAACAAAGAAAACAUAGCUAAUCGACAGAAGCCUGGGUGUGGAAAAGGAUCAGGUGUUGAUAGAACAAGGACAAAUAUGGCAAAUUCCUUGACCAAGAAAUUUAGAGACCUAAUGACAGAAUUUCAGACUUUGAGACAAAGGAUCCAAGAUGAGUAUCGUGAGGUUGUAGAGAGAAGAGUCAUUACAGUCACAGGAACCCGGCCAGAUGAAGCGACAAUCGACCACCUUAUAGAAACUGGAAAUAGUGAACAAAUUUUCCAAAAUGCUAUUCAAGAAAUGGGACGAGGACAGGUCCUAAAUACCCUGGAAGAAAUUCAGGAGCGACACGAUACAGUGAAAGAAAUUGAGAAAAAGCUUCUUGACCUGCACCAGAUAUACCUUGAUAUGGCGGUUCUAGUGGAGGCCCAGGGAGACAUGUUGGAUAACAUCGAAAGCCAGGUUUCAAAUGCAGUCGACCAUGUCCAAUCAGGGACAACUGCACUUCAAAGUGCAAAGAAACUUCAGAGGAACUCUCGAAAAUGGAUGUGCAUUGCCAUUAUUAUUCUCUUAAUAGUAGUAGCGAUUAUAGUUCUUGGUGUCAUCAAACCUUGGAAGAGUGGCUAGGGUUGCAUGAGUCUUAUUACCUCUUGUCUGUGUACCAUUAACAGUUUGAGUUGAUUGGGAAGCAUUUAUAAUUUAACCUUCUGCACGUGUGAGACGCAAUUAGGUUCUUCUUUGGCGCGGCCUCUUCGUUUUUAUUUUUUUCUUUUUCAAAUUUUUUUGGUGUAUAGUUUGGUGUGCUAAUGGUGGUGCUAUUUUGUGGAUUUAAGAUUCUGAACACAAAUAUACAUUACCUGUUGUUUACAAGAUGUGUGCUGGUAUAAUGUGACAUUUGUUUGCUGGUACAAUAAUACAAACUUGCCGCGUCUUUUAUUAUUAUUAA